CAAUGGAAGAAGGUCAGAAGGUUACAUUUAAAAUGGAUCCAAAUGAAGAUACAGAAUGGAAUGAAAUUUUAAGAGAUUUUGGCAUUCUUCCUCCAAAAGAAGAGCCAAAAGAUGAAAUUGAAGAAAUGGUUUUACGUUUACAGAAAGAAGCAAUGGUUAAACCAUAUGAAAAGAUGACUCUUGCACAGUUGAAGGAAGCUGAAGAUGAAUUUGAUGAUGAAGAUAUGAGAGCUAUUGAAAUAUAUAGAGAAAAGCGGUUACAGGAAUGGAAAGCUCUUAAGAAAAAACAAAAAUUUGGGGAAUUAAGAGAAAUUUCUGGAAAUCAGUAUGUGAAUGAAGUCACAAAUGCAGAAAAGGAUGUGUGGGUUAUAAUUCACCUAUACAGAUCAAGCAUCCCAAUGUGUUUGUUGGUUAACCAGCAUCUUAGUCUCCUAGCAAGAAAGUUUCCUGAAACUAAAUUUGUUAAAGCCAUUGUGAAUAGCUGUAUUCAACACUACCAUGACAAUUGUUUACCAACAAUUUUUGUUUAUAAAAAUGGUCAGAUAGAAGGCAAAUUCAUUGGAAUUAUAGAAUGUGGAGGAAUAAAUCUCAAGCUGGAAGAACUUGAAUGGAAGCUAGCAGAAGUUGGAGCAAUACAGACUGAUUUGGAAGCAAACCCCAAAAAAGUCAUUAUAGAUGUGAUGGUAUCUUCAAUUAGAAACACUUCUAUUUAUGAUGACACUAAUAGUUCAAACAGUGAUAAUGAUGAUACCAAAUAGAAAUAUUUAAUAAAUAGCUUUAAAGUGUUUAUAAAUGGAAUAUUUUAUUUGCCACUGCCUUUAUAAUCAAAGAUCAGAAAAUUCAUAAAUAAAUCUUUUUAUAUUAGAAUUAUAGCUUAUAUGUCAUUAUAAAAAUUUUCAGGUAUUUUAGAAUAUUCAUUGCCUCCAACAAAACUAGAAUUUGUACUGAACCCUUAAUAUUUUUUUGUGAUUUAUCCUUUUUCGGAUCCUUAUUGGACAAAAACAAAAAUAUUACAAGUCCCCUGUGUUGCCUGCUCACUUCCAAAGAGGGCUAUGGAUAAAAAUGAUGAAA